UUGCUAUGGAAAUCACCUAUUGGUUGCAAACAAAAUGGAGAAAGACGACGCUAAGACGGAUCUAGAUGAAGCUGUAAACGAAUUUCUUACUUACGAUGAGUAUUUAGACUCAAAGAUAACGCCGUCAGAUCUUUAUUACCUCGAGGAUGAGAAGUUGGCUCGCCAGGUGGUGGAGCUGGGCCUCAGGGGCACUGGCGAGGUCUGGAAGAGAGAGGAAUUCGAGAGCAGGAAAGCAGCUGCUCAGCCCUCCAGGCUCUCCAAAAGGAGCGAGCAGAAGACCCUGGCAAGUACAGGAAAAGAACUCAAAGACAACUUCCUGAGAGCCCUGGCCGAGCGUGAAGAGGCCAACCGCAGUGGGAAAAAUCAUUCCAUAAUUUUCAUAAGGGACCGCAGUGCUUGUGGACAGGAAAUAUCUGGGUAUAUAGACUAUGCCCACAGACUCAAAUGUGAAGACUUUGAACCAUAUUUCAGUGGGAAAAAAAGACUUUUGCCACAACCAACUGACUUAAGUUUCUACAACUGGAAAACAAAUGAAGUAGCCUCAAGUGAAAGUGCAAACUACCAGGUGAUUGCUGACCACCCAACAACUGGUGUACUCUUCAUGAAUAAGAAGGACCGAAAUAUUGUGAAUGUUGACCCACAGGCAUCACCUUGUGAACAAUCACCCAGAAUGACCCUUAAGUCUGACAUCUAUCUUCACGUUGCCAUCUUUGACCAUUAUAUCAAGUGCACAAUCUGACAGACUGUAAUUAAAGCACCGGCAGCUUUAAUAUUAAUAUUGUAUAGUGUGUGGUGUGUACUGCUGAUGCUGCUUACUCCAUGUUUCCAAAAAUCCAUGCUGUAGAUGGAUGGAGAAACAUUUGGUCUUCAAGUAUUUCGUAAUUAUAGUGUUUGUUUCUUUUUUCUGUUUCAACUUUUUUUUUUUUUUUUUACUUUAGCCUAACUUUAGCUUGUUACAGUUCCUGAUAAAGUGCAGAUGGAGCUACCAAGUUGAUUCUAAGCAAAUGUGUAGCAAUAAACAAUUCUGCAGAUUCUUGGCUCUCAGGUGUUCUCUGCACACCGCCUUGUUGAUGCUUUUAUCUGAAAUACUGUCUAAUACUUAAUAUUACUUUCUUAAAUGGCACUGAAUUCUCUGUAAUAUUUUCAUGUUUUUUGGGAACUACUUUUUCUUAAUUAAUAAAUUGUUCAUUUUGCACA